GCUCCUCUCGCCAGUUUCCUGUGCCUUGUGUCACCCAAAACAAGUUUGAAAUACAAAUCACCGUCGUUACAUUGAGAAGAAGUCAUUUAACUACUGCACACUUAAAAAAACUCUCGCUAUGUGAUACAGGUCGCAUCUCUGGGAGGAGGAUCAUGAUGGACGGCUAUUUAUUUGUCAGAGUUGUGGGGAAGGGGAGCUACGGGGAAGUCAACCUGGUCCGACACAAAUCCGACCGUAAACAGUAUGUGAUCAAGAAGCUGAACCUGAGGACGUCGUCCAGACGUGAACGGCGAGCAGCGGAGCAGGAGGCACAGCUCCUUUCCCAGCUCAAACAUCCCAACAUCGUCAUGUACCGCGAAUCAUGGGAAGGCGAGGACUGUCAGCUGUACAUCGUGAUGGGCUUCUGUGAGGGAGGAGAUCUGUACCACAGACUCAAACAGCAGAAAGGAGAGCUGCUGCCUGAGAGACAGGUGGUAGAGUGGUUUGUUCAGAUCGCCAUGGCUCUUCAGUAUUUACACGAGAAGCACAUUUUGCAUCGAGAUCUGAAAACGCAGAAUAUCUUCUUGACCAAGACCAACAUAAUCAAGGUGGGCGAUCUGGGCAUCGCACGAGUCUUGGAGAAUCAGAACGACAUGGCCAGCACUCUGAUCGGCACACCGUACUACAUGAGUCCAGAGCUGUUCUCCAACAAGCCUUACAACUACAAGUCGGACGUGUGGGCGCUGGGAUGUUGUGUGUAUGAGAUGGCAACCCUGAAACAUGCCUUCAAUGCAAAGGACAUGAACUCGCUUGUGUAUCGCAUCGUAGAAGGAAAGUUACCACAGAUGCCGAGUAAGUACGACCCUCAGCUGGGCGAACUGAUAAAGCGGAUGCUGUGUAAGAAGCCAGAGGACAGACCAGACGUCAAACACAUCCUCCGACAGCCGUACAUCAAACAUCAGAUCUCCAUGUUCCUGGAGGCCACUAAAGAGAAAACCGCCAAGUCACGGAAAAAUGCAGCGAAUGGCAAACUGAACAGUGCUGGAUCAGAUGCGUCAACCAAACCAAAUCAUGACGUUCAGCCACAGCGUCUCAACUCUGAGUCAAAGACCCGCGGAAAAAAGGCUGAAGAAAUCCAUCUGAACCGACAAAAACCCUGUAAUGGAGCAUUGGAAAAUGCUCCUAAACAUCACAUGCCCCCCAAAUCUCCUACACAAGACGUUCAUAACUCAACAGGCCAAUCUAUAGCCACUAUUAGCAAUAUAGACAUUGAAAUACAGAAACAGAGGAAAGCCAAACCACCAAAACCCAGCAGCCAUCAGAACAACAACCUGCCAUCUGUGAGCAAGAGGAGAGAGAAAGAAGAUCCCGGCGCUACUCAAACACACCCUCUCAAACAAGUGUCUGGUGUCGGCGGGACGGAGGAUAAGAUGUCAGCGAAUGUAAGUUCAAUAACACCCAAACCUACAGAUCGAACCAAGAUGCCAAACAAAAGUAAGACACUUGAUGCGAGUUUGGACCUUAAAGACGACACCAUGAAGCUUCUGCAGGAGGCAGGGGUGCAGGACCUCCCAUACGAGCCCACUGAACUACAUCACAAUGCGGAGGCAAAGACCGAGAGCCAAAGAACAGCUGAUAAUCAGAACAACGCUUGUGUCCUGAAGGAUGCUCCUACUGGAAGUUCAACUGAGGAGAGUGAGGGAAGUUUAGAUUCCACAGAGAAACUGCUCAAGCCCGUUCCUGUAAUAUUUAUGGAGCCAUGCCGUUCUGAGUCACCUGCAGCUCUAUCAGAUGAAGGCAGGCCAGUUGUUCUGCCCUCGUCCUUGUCUUCUGAACCCUCCAUGUCCCGUCAGCGCAGGCAGAGGAGAAAAGACAAGUCCCAGGACCUGCAGAACGGCCUGCAAGAGGUGUCCAGACCUCUGCCUCCUCUCCCUGAAGAUGGAAACAGUGCACAGAAAGACCAGAGCAAACCAGCCAAUCUCUCGUCCACUAACAAGAACGCAGAGCAGCAGAAUCGUCCACUGUCAGCCAGAGAGAGGCGAAGACUGAAGCAGUCGCAGGAGAACUCCACACAGCAAGCUGUGUCCGCUGUCAAAAGGCCAUCUUGUGAUGUGCCCUCAUUAGACAGUGAGCAGAUACACCAGAUAGACUGUCCGAUACCUGCUCGAACAACAGUGGACACAACAAAGGAGAGGAAGUCCUCAAGGAGACAGUCUGAUGAAGACGAGUGCAGUUCCUCCACCAGCUCCACUGAACGCUCAGAGGGAGACUAUAGAGAACGAAAGUGUGAGAGCAAUGAGAUGCAAGACUUGGUGCAGAUGAUGACGCAGACGUUACACAUGGAUGGCAGAGAUGCAUCAUUUGAGCCCGACGGACCCAAAUGUCACUCCACUCCUCUGCCUGAGUUCAAACUCAAUAGGAAAUACCGAGACACGCUGAUGCUUCAUGGGAAAUCCAGAGAGGCGCAGGGAGAUUUACAAAUCUCCGGCUUCUCUUUAGAUGACAGCACGGGUCCUGCAAAGGUCAGGAGGGUGAUUGAACACUUGCGCACGGAUGUUCUGAAAGGACUCGGGGUGAAGCUGCUGGACCGAGCGCUGGACAUCAUGCAGGAGGAGGACGAGGACAGGAGAGAGCUUUUACUGCAGGAGCAAAUGGGUGAUGACAAAUACAAGCAGUUCGCGGUGAAAGUGCGGCAGCUAAAGUUCUUCGAGGAUGUUGCUUUUAAAGACUGAGCCGCUCCACAAACACUGAUACGCCAUAAUUGCUGAUGAGCAGAAAACACACACUUCACUGAAGCCUCCUAUCAACAAUCACUGUUACCGUUGAAUGCUUUUGUAAAUGUAUAGUGAUGAUAGAACACUAGAUAUGAAAUGAAGCUGUUAUUACGCACCUUUAUAGUCAUCUUUCUAUGGGGAUGUGAAUCUAUGCUGUGUAGAAUCUUGAAUUUUGAAAGAGAUGUUGGAAAUAGUUUUUCUCUUCCUAUUUUCUGGACUGUGUAUUUAUAUUGAGAAUAAUGUAAAUCAUUGAGGAAUUUAUAAUAAAAUAAGUUUUUAGGAA